CCCUCGCUAUACCUUAAACCCUCCGAUUACCUUUUCUCCUUAAAAAUCCUCUUCUCGUCCGUCACUCUACUGUUAUGGGUGGCACUCCGACAAUUCAGUAUGUCAUUCACAUUGAGUCUUACGUUAGCUCUUCCAGCUCCGAGGCACAGCAGGCGGCAAGCGUUGAUGCGAUUGCUGUUCUUCUGAAGAAUGACUUGUUAAGUUUAGAAACUUUGGUUAGGGAGAUGGAGAUGUAUUUGACCACUACAGAUAAUAUCAUUCGUUCAAGAGGUAUCCUCUUACUUGGAGAGCUAUUGAUGCAAUUAAUGUCAAAGCCGUUGGGUGAUACUGCAAUAAGCAGCUUGAUAGAAUUCUUCACAGAGCGGCUGGCAGAUUGGAAAGCGUUGCAUGGUGCCCUUGUCGGUUGUUUGGCUCUACUAAGGAGGAAAACUGGUACUGGUAUGAUCAAUAGGAGUCAAGCAAAGGCUGUUGCAGAGUCUUAUCUGAAAACCCUGCAGGUGCAGUCCUUGGGGCAGCAAGACAGGAAGCUUUGCCUUCAAAUAUUGGAAUGCCUAUUAGAUCGCUAUCGGGAUGCACUUUUUUCACUGGGUGAUGAUCUCGUUUAUGGAAUCUGUGAAGCUAUUGAUGGUGAAAAGGAUCCACAGUGCUUGAUGCUCAUAUUUCAUAUAGUUGAACUGCUGGCACAAUUAUUUCCCGAAGCUUCUGGCCCGUUGGAGAAUUUUGCAGGGGAUUUGUUCGAGAUUUUGGAAUGUUACUUUCCUAUCCAUUUCACCCAUCCUAAGAGUUAUGAUGUUGAUAUGAAGAGGGGGGAACUCUCAAGGGCCCUAAUGCUGGCAUUUGCUUCAACACCACUUUAUGAACCCUCAGUCAUUCCAUUACUUCUUGACAAACUAUCUUCUUCUCUGCCGUCAGCAAAGGUGGAAUCUUUGAAGUACCUUAGCUAUUGCACAUUGAAAUAUGGAGGAGAUAGAAUGGAAAAGUACACAAAAUCCCUUUGGUCUGCAUUAAAAGAUGCACUGUUUACUUGUCCGCAGUCCACUUUGUCAGAGGAUUCCGAUCCAAUAGAUGGAUUAGGUUUUCAUGAGAGUGAAAUUAUGACACAGGCCCUUGAACUUCUUCAGGUGCUUGUUCGGCAGCAUAAUGAUUCAUUCUUGAGUUUGAUUCUGGGUGAUGGGGACAUAAGCACAUUUCUGAACUCCUUUUCCCAGUUCGACGAUUUUAAUAGUCUUUCUACCCAAUACAAACAGAGGUUACAUGCAGUUGGGCAUGUUCUUUCUGUUUGCAUUAAAGCUUCUGGAUCUUCCUGCAAUAAAGUUUUUGAAAGUUUCUUUCCUCGGUUGGUGGAUGCCUUAAGGCUCUCAGUUGAAAAUUCCCAUGGAAUUGUUCAUUCAGCUUUGGAUGCGAACUUUAACUUUGGAGCCUUGUAUCUAUGUGUUGAACUCCUUGCUGCAUGCAGACAGCUGGUAGUCAGCUCUGAUGAAGUCGCUUCAGCUCAUGAUCUAGCGCGUGACUCUUGGUGCCAGAUACUUCGUAGUUUCUGCACAUCAUUAUGUAAUGUUUUCUUUUGUCUCAUUCGAGCAAGUUGUGUUGAAAGCACUUGGAAUGCUUAUGUUUAUGCAGCAGUUAAAGGUUUGGAGAUCUUGGCAACAUUUCCUGGAAGCUUUAUUUCUGUCUCAAAGCUCAUGUAUGAGAAUAUCUUGCUGACUUUGACGUCAAUUAUUGAAUCUGAUUUCAACAAGAAGUUUCUAUGGAAGGCAGCACUGAAAGCAUUAGUGGAGAUUAGCUUGUUUGUCAAUAAGUAUCAUGAGGACGAGAAGGCAGCUAGCUUUAACAGUAUUGUCAAGCAAAAGAUUGUUUCUCUGAUUUCUUCUGAUGACUUAAACAUGCCUCAAUCGCUCAAACUGGAGGCCAUUUUUGAUAUCGGAUUGACCGGGAUGAGUUUCAUGCAUAGUGUUGUAAGCGAAUUGGAGAAGACUAUAUCAGCCAACUUAUCUGAGAUUCUUGUCCAUGGAGAUCGGCGGUUAGCUGGAUUGACACCUGGGCUUUUGGAAUGUUAUUCCAAUAAGGUACUUCCAUGGUUCCAUGGCAAUGGAGGUGCAGAUGAAGUCUCUUUGAGUUUUGCGAUUAAUAUUUUCACUAAAAUGGAAAAUAACUCAUCUUUGAGUCUAGAAGCAAAGGGAAAGGAACUUCUGGGUGCAACAAUGGCUGCAAUGAAGCAAGCUAUGACAGGCUGUUCAGUGGAAAGUCAGGAAAAGGUUCUUCAGAAAGCUAUUGAUGUGAUGGAAACAAGCUCUUUUUUCUUGUCAAAUGAUCUGAUUCUAGGAACCGAUCUCUUUAACAAGAAAACUCAACUUGGUCAGACUUCUGAGGGUUUGUCAUGUCGAGACGAAUGGAUUACUUCACUCUUCGCGUCAGUUGUAAUUGCAUUGCGUCCUCAAACUCAGAUACCAAAUAUAAGACUCUUAUUACAGUUGUUGGCGAUGACUCUCCUUGAAGGCCAUAUCCCCUCAGCUCAGGCCCUGGGUUCUUUGGUUAACAAACUUCCUCUGAAUAUAUCAGAAGACUGCAGUCUCGAAGAACUUAUUGAUACGCUAUUCAAGAAUGUAAUGUGGCGCAACAUUAGUAUUGGGAAAGAGGGCAAUGAUGGUGGUGCAGUUGCUAUGAGUAACCCGAGACUAAAUAGUCUAAAUAGUCAUGCUGUUAUUGGAUUAGCAUGGAUAGGGAAAGGUCUGCUUAUGCGGGGUCAUGAGAAGCUAAAAGAUGUGACUAUGACUUUCUUGAGUUGCUUAGUUUCAAAUGAAGAUCAGGGAAAUUUGCUACCUUUCAAUGAUCAAAUGAAAGAUCCCGCAGAGCACAAAGUGCUUUGUCUCAGAAAAUCAGCUGCUGAUGCAUUUCAUAUUCUUAUGAGUGAUUCUGAUGCUUGUUUGAACAGAAAUUACCAUGCAAUCAUUCGCCCACUCUAUAAACAACGAUUUUUCAACAUAAUGAUGCCUAUGUUCUUAUCUGCAAUAGUAAAAUGUGAUUCAUCCACUUCAAGGUGUUUUCUCUAUCAAGCUUUUGCACACCUGGUAUCUGAAACUCCUCUUGUUGCUGUUGUUGGUGAUGCCAAAAAGGUCCUUCCUGUACUUAUGGAUUGCUUUCUUAUAUUGAGCAAGGAUAUCUCUCAUAAGGAGAUAAUUUACAGUGUCUUAAUAGUUCUCUCUGGAAUAUUAACGGAUAAAAAUGGACAAGAAGCUAUCAUAGAAAAUGCUCCCAUGGUUAUCCGCAGACUUAUUGAGCUCACUUCCUAUCCUUAUGUGAUGGUGAUUCGAGAGACUGCAAUCCAGUGCCUUGGUGCCAUGUCGGAGCUGCCGCAUGCGAGGAUAUAUCCCAUGAGAACGCAGGUGUUGCAAGCUAUAACCAAAGCUCUUGAUGAUCCAAAGAGGGUUGUUCGUCUAGAGGCAGUCAAAUGUCGGCUAGCUUGGGCUUCAAUUGCAUCAAGGAGUAUUCACUUCUAAAAGCACGCAUCGCACCUACUUGCAAACCUGGUUGGGUAAUAUCUUUAUCAUGUGUGUCAUCAAUAUUUACCUCAACUUACCAAUGUAGAGUAUUGGCCUAUUGGGCACAUAUUAUUG